AUGACUGCAGCAACUAAAAGCAGAGCAUUAGAGUUUUUAAAAUUUGUAAAUUCUUGUCCCACUCCUUAUCAUGUUACAAAAAACUUGGCCGAGUACUAUAAGUCUCAUGGGUUUCACUACCUCAGUGAGAAACAGGAUUUUGGUUCCCUAUUGGAAACAGGAAAGUCUUACUAUGUAAUUCGUAAUCAAUCUAGUGUUGUUGCAUUUAGUGUCGGUGGAAAAUGGAAACCAGGUAAUGGUUUUUCCAUUGUUGCUACUCACACAGAUUCACCUACUUUACGCUUGAAACCCAAGUCAAAAAAAUCUGCGAAUGGAUACAUGCAAGUAGGUGUGGAACAGUAUGGUGGUGGAAUUUGGCAUAGCUGGUUCGACCGAGACCUUUCUUUGGCUGGUCGUGUAAUGGUACAAGAAAGAGAUGGUCGUAUUGUACAACAUAACGUGCAUAUCGAUCGUCCCCUUGUCCGAAUUCCAACAUUGGCUAUUCAUUUGGAUCGUACUGCAAACGCAUCCUUUUCCUUUAACAUGGAAACAGAAUUUACGCCGCUCCUAGGCCUUGAAAAUGAGUUGUCGAAGGAGGAAAUAUCUGAAGACAAUGAAGAAGCUCAUCAUCCAGCUUUACUCUCACUCAUAGCUCGUGAGCUUGGCUCGGAUGUAUCACCAAAAAGCAUUGUCGACUUUGAAUUAAUCUUGGGAGAUUAUGAAAAAGCUCGCCUUGGAGGUAUUAAUGAAGAGUUUGUUUUCUCUCCACGUUUGGACAACCAGGGUAUGACAUUCAGUGCUUCUCGUUCCUUGAUUGGCUCUCUUUCGGAAAAUUCUUUGGAAAACGAUGACUGCAUUCGUGUAGUUGCUUCCUUUGACCAUGAGGAAAUUGGUUCUGUUUCCGCCCAAGGUGCCGAAAGUAACUUCCUUCUUUCGGUCCUCGAACGCUUAUCCGGAAGCAGUGAGAAAUUUUAUACCUGCAUGAGAUCUAGCUUCCUUGUUUCCGCAGAUAUGGCGCAUGCUAUUCAUCCCAAUUAUGCUUCUAAAUAUGAGUCUACAAAUUCUGCCGAGCUUAACAAAGGAACAGUGCUCAAGAUCAACGCUAAUCAGAGAUAUAUGACAAACUCUCAUGGGAUGGCAAUUAUGAAACGAGCUUCUCAAUUGUCAAAGGCUCCUUUUCAAGUUUUUGUGAUUCGAAAUGAUUCCCCAUGUGGUAGUACUAUUGGUCCCAAAUUGGCCGCAAUGACCGGUAUUCCCACACUCGAUCUUGGCAACCCAAUGCUCUCUAUGCAUUCAUGCAGAGAAAUGUGUGGAACGAAGGAUUUCGAAUACUCCGUUCAACUGCUGUCUGCAUUCUUCCAAAAUUUCUCAGACAUGGAGAAAAGCAUCGUUAUUGACGAGUAG